AUGCCCCUCUGCAUUCCCCAACCCGCUGCACCGCCGCUGUCCUGGCGCGCGCCUGUCGCGUAUGGGCCGCGCGCCGCAGCAGAGGAGAGGGCAGGCGGGGAAACCGCGAAAGGGGAGGCGGGCGCGGAGAAUGCGAGCGCUGGCGGCGGCGUCGGCGGCGGCAUCGACCUGAAGCAGUGGAUGGAGCAGCGCGUGCGCGCCACGGGCAUCGAGCCGUUCCCGUCGCUGCACGGCGCCUUCCCCCCGCCCUCGCGCGCGCACUCCCCCGAAUCUCCUCCCGAAUACCACGACUCCGGGUGGAUCAGAGCGCCGCCCCGCAGCAGAGAGGGCAGGGAGGGGAAGGAGGGGAGAGAGGUUAAUGAGGGCAAGGGGGGCAAAGAAGGCAAGGAGGCGAGGCAGGCGAAGGGGGCAAAGGAGGCGAGGGAGGCGAGGGAGGCGAGGGAGGCGAGGGAGGCGAGGGAGGCGAGGGAGGCGAGGGAGGCGAGGGAGGCGAAGGAGGCGAGGGAGGCCCCCGCGGGGCCGCAGGUGGCGAGAAGAGCGGGGCGCGGGGCGAGCAGCAAGUUUGCGCGGCUGUCGCACGCGGAGUGGGAGGCGCAGGCCAUGGCCAUGGUGCAGCAGAAGAAGCGCCUCCUGCUCGCCGCGCGCUCCCGCGACGAGCGCACGCGGGACGAGCGGGGGGCCGCGGGGAAGGAGCGGGAGAAGAAGGACAGGGAGAGACGCGAGGGCGCUGCAGGCGGCGGGAAGGAGGCGGGCGGGGGGGUGGCGGGGAGGGCGAGUGGAGCGGGGGAAGCGCGCGAGAGGGAGGGCGGGGCGCGCCACGUGCAGCUGCUGCCGCCGCCGCGGCUGUCAGCGCGGCCUGCGGGGGAAGGUGCGGGGGAGAGUGCGGUGGAGGGCGGGCGGGGCGAGAGCAGUGCAGCAGCGGGGGCCGGCGGCAAGGCAGGGUGGGCGGGCGCCCAUGCUCCGCGCGUAUCCACCCCUCCCGCCGCCCACCGCCUUGCUCCCCCCGCCUCUGCAGCUUCCCUGUCCCUUGCGGAAGGGGCGGAGGGGAGGAGCCUGUUAUGGGGAAGCACAGGGGGGGCGAGAGGGGAAGGGAUGAUGGGCGAGGCGGGAGAGAGGGAUGAGGGGCAAGGCGAGCAUCGGCUGCGGGACUGGCAGGGAAGCAGCAGUGCGAGGGGCGGGGAGGAGGGGAGUGCAAGCAGGGGAGCGGUGAUGAGUGGCGGCAGCAGUGGGGAGUGGAUUGAGAGCAGCAGGGUGGGCAGCGGCGAGGGCGAGGGCGAGGGCGAGGGGUGGCAUGCAUCCGCGCUGAUGCAGCUGGGCGGGGUGGCGGGCGUGCUCCUCCCGGCCACGGAGCCACCUUAUAGUACGCGAGAUGCCACUUUUCUAGCUUACCCUCUCACUGCACUCGCACUGCCUCCCUGCCUGUCGCCCGCCCUCCACCACCGCCCCCCACAGCCCGUGCGGGUGACGGAGCCGGCGUCGAGGAGGGAGGCGGUGAGGAGGGGGCGGCAGGCGGCGCUGGUGGCGUGUCUGCUGGAGGCGGGCUUCCGCCUGCCCGACCUGCUGCGCUUCGCCUCCACCCGCUGCGCCUUGCUCACCACGUCCCCCACGCUGGCAAGGGAGCGCAUGGCCUAUCUGCGCGCCAUCGGGCUGCCGCCCUCCGAUGUGCCGCGCCUCGUCGCUCGCUGCCCCAAGCUGCUCACCUACCGUGUUGACACGCGCAUGGCGCCACGUGUCGACUUCCUACUGGCGCUGGGCGUGCCCGCUGACCGCGUGGCGCGGGUGAUCCAGCUGGCCCCCGGCAUCUUCGAGUGCAGUGUGGACCGCGCCCUCCGCCCGCGCGUCCGCUUCCUCCAGGUGCCGCUCCGCCUUUCACCCUCCGCCGCUCGCCCCCCGCCUUGCCCCCCGUCUCACUCACUCACCAUGCUUGAAUCGACCUGCCCACGGCAUCGCUCUCGCUGCAUCGUGCUGACCUCCGUGUUGGGUGCCUGUCUGCAUGCCUCUCACCGCAACCCAACAAGCGCGCUGCAGCUGAGCGACGAGGACGUGGUGAAGGUGGUGCUGCGCAGCCCACAGGUGCUCACUCAGAGCGUGCAGGGCGGCCUCGUGCCGCGCCUGCACUACUUCCUGCACCACCUCGCGCUGCCCCUGCCCUCCCUCGCCUCCAUGGUCGUGCGGUCAGUGCCAUCCCUUCUUUGCUCUCUCUCUUUCACCUCCUUCUCUUUUGCCCCUCUUUCUUUCACACGCUCACACCCACCCCUGCUUCUCAUUGUCGUGCAUCUCACCGUGCAUCGCACCAUGCUCGGCAUGUCCCCCUCCCCCCCCCCCCCUCCACGCCAAAAGCCACCCACAGCUGCUGCACUAUUCAUUGGAGGACGCGGUGCGCCGGCGGGUGGCCUUCCUCAGAGCCAUCGGCCUCUCCAGCCGGGAUGUCGCACACGUGCUCUUCCGCCUGCCCCAGGUGUGCUCUUCCGCCUGCCCCAGGUGUGCUCUUCCGCCUGCCCCAGGUGUGCUCUUCCGCCUGCCCCAGGUGUGCUCUUCCGCCUGCCCCAGGUGUGCUCUUCCGCCUGCCCCAGGUGUGCUCUUCCGCCUGCCCCAGGUGUGCUCUUCCGCCUGCCCCAGGUGUGCUCUUCCGCCUGCCCCAUAUGUGCUCUUCCGCCUGCCCCAGGCCUACUUGCGGCUGCUCCUUUGUCUCCUUCACCACAACUUGUGCCACUCCCCAUCUGCUUCCCACUCUCUUUAGACGCCUUUUUUCAUCGUUUUCUCCACUCUUCUCGUUCCUUAUAUCUCCUCCCCACGCCGCCCUCCCCUCUCCAUCAGAUCCUCUCGCUGUCAGUGCCCAACUGCCUGGCGCCCAAGUACGACUACCUCAUCCACCAUCUCGGCGGCUCCCCCAACUCCAUUGUCUCCUUCCCGGCCUACUUCUCCCUCUCCCUGCAUGCCCGCAUCCGCCCGCGUCACCUCUUCUACCUGCGCUGCCGAGCCCCCUCGUCACCUGCCACCAACCCUCUUGCUCCGUCUCUUCUGGCCCCGCCAUCAGCUAACGACCCUCCCGCCUCGCCCCGUGCUGCCACCUCCUCAUCUCCUGCCACUCCCACCUCCCUUUCCGCGAUGCCACUGCCUGCAGACACGUCUCUCAAGUCACCACCGACCUCCCCUCUCCCAGCCCAACCUGCCCAUCCCUUCGCCUUCCUCUCAUCCGCCCGGCCCACCUCAGUGCCCUCCACUACGCUUCCCCCACCCCAAGCGUCGCUGCCAACCACGGCGUUCCUGCUGAGCCUCCUGACCCCCACAGACGAGGCUUUCUGCAAGCGCCUAGGGCUGCCUAACGACCUCGAGUACCAGGCCUUCAAACUCGCUCUCACCCCCUCUGCUGCUCCGCCGCCAGAGGCAACUCAGGGUCCACUCGUGCAUGCUUCUGCUGCACUGACGUCUGCAGCAGCACAACCAGCAGCAGGGGUGUUGAGGAGAGGGAAAGGAGGGCCCAUCACACAUCUGACAUCACCUGCCGGAGGAGAAAGCACAAGAGAAUCGACGGUCCAAGGGAGUUGA